AUAUGCAAUUAUUAAGUACACUACAAGAUUUCCCCUACUUAAAAUCUGAAUUUAAUUUUAGCAAAAAUCCUUUGUUUACUAAAACACUUGUUGAAAUAAAAAAUCUUGAAGAUGAAGUCCAAAUGGAAAGAGAAGAAGCUGAAAAAGCCCUCCAAAAAGCCCAAGAAUGA